AGCAUGAUGAUUGGAGAACUGGAUACUGCCAGUGGUUUCUUACACAAAGCUGUUCACCUGGCACAUCAGAUGUUUCUCACUGACUCAGUACUUUACAUUAGAGCGUACAUCUGUAGUGAACAUCAGCAUGAAAAUGCUGAGAAGCUGUUCAAAGCAGCCAUGAGUUUUAUUCUGUCAGGAGGAACACCACAGGAUGACAAUGCAGUGAUUGUGAUGUCGUUGAAGCUGGCCAGCAUAUAUGCCACUCAAAACAAGAACGAAUUGGCAGAGCAUGGCUUCCAGUUCUGCACAGAGUCUUUAAAGGCCAAGAUUGAGAAACAAAAGGAGUUUCCUCCUGAAAGCCUGUCAGAUGAGGAGCGCAAAGACACCAGGUUGCUGCUCGGUCUUAGUCUGGAUACAAGGGUGCGUUAUUUGGCAGCUAAUCAUCGUUUCACAGGUGCCUGCAGAGAUUAUCAGCACGCGCUGCAGACCUGCCAGGAGGAGCAGGGAGAGUCCCAUCCACAGUCCCUGGUUCUGAUGAGCGAUCUGGCGACCGUGUUGGACCUGCAAGGGAAGCAUGAUGAGGCUCUGGCUCAUGUGAAGAAGGCAGUUGAGCUUGGACAGGCAGCGGGUCACCCUGAUCAACAUGUGCUGAUUCCAAUAUUUAAUAUAUUUUUUAUAAAUAAAAAGUCAGGGGAGUUUGAGGAGUCUGGUAAACUGUACCAGGAAGCUCUGGCUCUGGCACGAACUGCAGGAGAUGGAGAGGCCAUAGAGCAGCUUCAGGAGGGGCUGAAAGAGCUGGCCAGCAGGAGAGACGGGCAAACGGAGAGCAAACAGGAACAGGAGCUUAAAGAAUGAUCCAAAAGAUGCCUGUGCGCGCACACACUCCUGGAAGUAUAAUAUACUUCAGUUGAGCACAACAUUUAGACAAAUAAUUCAGUGUUGUUCAACAGUAUGUUCAACAAUAUCAUCCUUAGCAGGACCAUAAUCCUCCAGCCAUGAAUAAUUGUAACAUUCACAUUUUAAAAACCAUUCAAACAAAACAAUUCAACAGUGCACAACAUACAUUGUCUAAUGCCCUUUUUAUACAUUCCCUCCCAUUAGACUUAUUUUUUAGUAUUGCUCUAAGACUGCAAUAAAUUAUUCCUCUGUAAAACAGAAUCAGGGAAGAUAAUAAGAGACUGAUGACAGUUCAGUUCAUCACUGGUCUUUUGAUAUUGUGCAAUGAAACAUGUAAGAAUCUUAUUUAAAGCCAACUUGUGUUGGUGUGUUUAAUGUAAGAAGCGAUUUAAUAAACAU